ACAUCUAGGGCUAAUCGGUCUCAUUUGCUUAGGCCUCAAUCGAACGCACACACUCUAUCUCUUUCUAUACAAUCGCAGCAGCAGCAGCAUCCCAUUUCUUAUCUGUGUAUAAUCAUGGGCAAAGGUCCUGGUCUCUACACUGAUAUUGGCAAGAAAGCCAAAGAUCUUCUAUACAGGGACUAUCAGAGUGACCACAAAUUCACCAUCACCACCUACUCCCCAACUGGAGUCGCUAUUACUUCCUCUGGUGUGAAGAAAGGAGAUGUCUUUGUUGCUGAUGUCAAUACUCAGCUCAAGAACAAGAAUAUCACUACUGAUAUCAAAGUGGACACAAGUUCGAAUCUUUUCACGACCAUAACAGUUGAUGAAGCUGCUCCAGGGCUGAAGACAAUCUUCAGUUUCAAGUUUCCUGAUCAAAGAUCUGGAAAGCUGGAAGUUCAGUACUUGCAUGAUUAUGCGGGGAUAAGCUCAAGCAUUGGCUUGGCAGCUAACCCUGUUGUGAACUUCUCUGGUGUUGUUGGCACAAAUGCCCUUGCUAUUGGAACAGAUCUAUCUUUUGACACUAAAGAGGGUGCUUUUACCAAAAUCAAUGGUGGAUUGAGCUACACAAACACAGACCUUAUUGCGUCUUUGACACUGAAUGACAAGGGAGAUUCACUGAGUGCAUCAUACUACCAUACUGUCAGCCCUUUGACAAACACUGCGGUUGGUGCAGAAGUAACUCACAACUUCUCGACCAAUGACAAUACAAUCAACAUUGGGACCCAGCAUGCUUUGGAUCCAUUGACCUCGGUAAAGGCAAGAGUUAACAAUUUUGGCAAGGCAAGUGCCCUCAUUCAGCAUGAAUGGCGUCCAAAGUCACUGUUCACUAUUUCUGGAGAAGUUGACACCAAGUCUAUAGAUAAGAGUGCUAAAUUCGGUCUGGCUUUGGCACUGAAACCAUGAAGAAAAGAAAAGAGUCUAGGAUAAGGUCUAGACAAAGCCAUCAAGAAGAUCUGCUAGUUUUCCCUUUUCCCUCUUGUUUGGGGACAUGCAAUAAUGUUAAAGACAUAUUUUCGUUUCGAAUUUAUCUUAUUUUGGGCCGAGGGAAGGCUUGUGAUUCAAACCUUUGACUCAUAGUUAAGUUAACAUUGGCACAUAUUUGGUGUACUUGUUUGAGAAAUUUGCCUAAGAAUCAUUCUCUCCUACCUUUGAGUCUAUGAUUUGGGCAAUUCUCUCAUGUUAUUUAUUACUUUCAUAAUUCAUAUGCUGUUUUUGUA